AUGCAGAGGAUGAUGGCCGCGUUCGAGGGCCUCGGUACCCGGUCGACAUCGACGACGACGACCUCUGAGAGGCCGUGUCUCGUCGACACGAAAGGGAUCGGGAAACCACAGCCGCUGCGCGGCGACAACUGGCCCUCCUUCUGCUUCAAGUACAUGAAUUUCAUAUCCAGCAUGUACCCGACUGCGCGAGACCUCCACGAGUGGGCGCAGAGCCACGAGGACACGAUCCGAGUCAUCGAGGAGGCGAAGCAGAUCGACCCCGACGCAGAGCGCAUCCAGAACCAGCUGUACACCGUGCUGGCGCAGCUGGUAGAGGGCGAGUCCGAAGAGAUCGUGCGCAACUGCGAGAGCCACAAGUACCGCGGCUUCGAGAGCUGGAGGAGGUUGGUCCGGCGCUGGGACCCCAUGAACUUGGGGCGCAAGAGGUCCAUCCUCAUGCGGGUUCUGAACCAGCCAGAGCAGAAGUUGGAGAACCUCAGCAGCGCCAUCGAAGCAUGGACGCAGGAUAUCACCCGAUACCAGCAGAGGGCCAAGAAGACGAUUGACGACGAUAUCAAGACAGCCGUCUUGAUUUCCAUGUGCCCGAACCCACUGAAGCAGCACUUGCAGUUGAACCAAAACCGGUUUGACUUCUACGACGACGUCGUGGAAGAGGUCACCCAGUACCUGGAGACUCGCCGGGCCGGCCAGCUCGACAAGCCAGUGCCGAUGGACAUCGGCAGCCUACAGAAGGGCGCCGGCAAAGGCAAGAGCAAAGGCAAGGGCAAGGACGCGGGCAAGGCGUCUGGCGGCAAGGGCAAGCAGCCUUUCCAGGGCUACUGCAACAAGUGCUGGGAGUGGGGCCACAUGGGCAAGGACUGCACGAGCGGCAAAGGCCGUGACGCCGACAUCAAGCCAUGCGGCGUGUGUGGCAAGAAGGGGCACGCGAGCAAGGACUGCUGGCACGCGAACACGGGCAAGGCCAGCAAGGGCGCGCCGAAAGGCAGCAAGGGCGGCAAGACGAAGAAAGGCGGCAAGAAGGGGCUUCACGGCAUGGAGACGUCUGGGGACUACGAGGACCAGCCGGAGCCGGAAGUGGGGGGCCUCGAGCUCUGCGCGGUGGAGAGGGCCGCGCAGGGCACUGGGCUGUUCGACGACAUCUUCCGGACGGCGCUCGAGAGCCUGGACAGCGCCUUCAGCGGAGUGGGAGACUCCGCCCCCGAGCCGCCGGCAGUCUGCGCGGGUAGACCCGCCGACGUGCCAGAGCCGACUGAGAAACGCCCGCCGAAAAAGCGCCCGCCGAAGAAGGAGUAUGAGGUGAUAGAAGCAGCCGUGGACAGCGGCGCCGGAGUCACCAUCAUGCCAGAGGAGAUGUGCAGCGACCACCCUAUCGACCCCGACGGGAGCGGCAUCGAGUACAACGCAGCAGGGGGCCAGACGGUCACCGACAAGGGCCAGAGAAAGUUGCAGGUCGUGACAGAGACGUGGCAGCAACGGUCCAUGAAGAGCCGCGUCGGGCCGGUCCGCCGCAUGCUGCUUGCUGCCAGUGAUCUCGUGGACCACGGAACCGGGACACCUCUCAAUCGCGCCAACGGGAUAUUCCUCAUGAAGUUGUGGGAAAAGAAGAACAGCGCGCCUAAACAGCAAGGCGCCGAGGCCGCAACGAACCCGAUGGAGAUAGACCAGAUGAUCGCAGCGCUCCAGAAGCUAAUCAGCACCGGGGGCACGGAGGUGCCCACGGGGAGCGUGGUCGAGUCGAAGGUCGCUGAAUCCAUGGGUUUCUUCCGGCAGGUCCCGGUGGAGGAGGAGUUCAGUUGUAAAAUCUGCACUCCAAUGAGGUCGCCUUGCGACCCGACACCGAAAGAGGUGGAGGAGCACGAAGCGUCGCAACACUUGCCGUUUCGGUCUUGGUGCCCAGACUGCGUGAAGGGGCGCGGGGCAGCGACGGCCCACGCAGACCUCGCAGCAGAACUAGAGCACGAGACGCCGACGAUCUCCACUGACUACUUCUUCUUGGGUGGUUCUGACCAGCAGGCACUCGCAUGCCUGGCGAAAGUGGACCACAAGACCCGCCUAAAGACUGCGCGGGUGGUUCCCCAGAAAGGGUCCCAUGAGGCUGUAAUCAAGCAGGAAGCCCGUGAUAUCAAGAACUGGGGAAGGACGAAGUUCAUAUAUAAGUCAGACCAAGAGAGCCCAAUAACCGCAAUGAAGGACGGUGUGAUCGCCCAGCUGGGGACGGACUUCGAGGUCAUCCCAGAACCUUCUAAGGUUGGAGAGUCACCGAGCAAUGGCACGAUCGAAAGAGCCAUACAAGCCAUCUCUGGGAUGGUCAGAACCCUGAAGGUGGCGACAGAGAGAGCGUUCAAGAUCACUCUUGAUCCCCGGUCGAACAUUCUGCACUGGCUGGUGCAGUUCGCUGGUUUCUCGUUGUCCAGGUACGAGCAGGGCGCCGACGGCAGGACGCCGUACGAGCGUGCAAAGGGCAAGCGUUUCAAGCUUGGCCUCCCAACCUUCGGGGAGAAGGUCUUCUAUAGGAGACUUCGGAGCGACAGCGGCCGUCUGAACAAGCUUGACCCCAAGUGGUUGGAAGGAGUGUUCCUGGGGUGUAGAGAUGAUGUCCCGGAGUUCUUCAUCGGUACGAAGGACGGCGUGGGCAGGUCGGCAGACAUUCGUAGGCUGCCGCCGAGCAGCCGUUACGAUGCGGAGGCGCUCUUAGCCGUCAAGGGAACGCCGUUGGACCCUGUCCCAGGAGACACAGCAGCGACGCUGCCAGCGUCGUCAGGGCUCGUGGUCAUCGAUGUCCCAGAGCCAUCAAUGGUGCCACCAGAUCCUCCGAGACAUGAACCAGAGGUCUUGUCGAAAAAGCGCGUGUACAUCACGAAACAAGAUCUCAAGAGGCAUGGCUGGACACGAGGGUGUCCGCGCUGCGAGGCGGACAUGAGUGGUCAGAAGACGACCCUGCACCACACGGAGGGAUGCAGGAGGCGCCUGGAGGAAGCAAUCGGGAGAACUGACCAGGGCAAGAAACGCCUCCGAGAGGCCGACGAACGGAUCACCGAAGCCUUGGCCGACCAUGUCCGGAGACAGGUGGAGGCCCAGCAGCCCGAGCAGGGCGCGGGAAGCUCCGCACCUGCGAGCAAAGCACCACGGGCUGGCAGAGUCGCGGGAAGCACCGCACCUGCCGCGGCAGCAGGGCCGGUAGCAGGGAGCGCGGGUAGUUCCGCCCCCGCUUCCGGGGCCCAGCCGGCAGACGCCGACAUGCCGCAACCAAGCUUACCUAUGGCAGUAGACGCGGGUAGCACCGCCCCUGCCAGUGUCCUGGGCGGCGACGCCAUGCCCAUGGAGGACACGAGGCCAAAACGGAAGGCCGAGACAAGUGCUGAGGUGGACUUCCUCAGCACGGCCCUGCGGGAGUUGGGCGCCCUGGAGGCGCCUGACUGCACAGCCAGACAGACCACCUCGGAGUGGUUAGGGUGCACGGGGGGCCGCGUGUUUGACAUCAGGAGAGUGGACCCUGAUGACGGCAGUUCCUGGGACUGCAGCCUUCCAGCGAAGCAGCGGAAGGAGAUUCUCAGGCAGGACCGGGUGUACCUCGGGAGAGCGAAGGGUGUAUGUUGGUUGUCCAACGGAAAAGAGCUAGCAGGCCGCAUGGCAUCCCUUCUUCCAGGACAGCCGGCCGACACAGCUGUCGUCCAGGGCCUCGAGGCACAGCUCAGAGCAGACGGGAGGAUCAAACCUCUUUUCGCUUGUCCCCUGGAGCCGGAGGAGGACUUGCACGAAUACCCUUCCAUGGGUGAUUGGUGUGAUCAUUCGACGGAACAGUAUGUAGACGACGUAUCAGGUUGUGUGCUUGAUCCCACGUUCGUGAAAGGGGCCCGCGAGGCCGAGUUGAGAGAAGUUGAUGACUUCAAGGUGUACAAGUGGGCUCCUGUGGAAGAGGCCGUGCAAGUAACAGGAAAGAAACCGAUUGGCGUCCGUUGGUCUGACACCAACAAAGGAAACCAUAACAACCCCAACUACCGGAGCCGCCUCUGCGCCAAGGAGCUCAAGGUCAAAGAUCCCGGAAAAGAGGGGACUUUCGCAGCGACACCGCCGCUCGAGGCGUUGCGCUUCCUAUGCUCCUUGAUGAUGACCGCGCCUGGAGGGGAGGACGCGGAGGCGCAGCAGCGCGGAGACACGUUGUUGUUGUUCAUGGACGCUACACGUGCCCAUUUCCACAGGCCCACGGAUGAGCUGAUCUACGUGGAGGUGGAAGAGCAGAUACGGCAGCACAUCAAGAUGAAGAAAACUGGCUUGCUGGGUCCGGGGCCCCACGACGACAAGGAAGUCCGAUGCUUGAAUCGAAUCAUUCGGCUCGACACUGCAAGGGAUUGUCUUGAGUGGGAGUGCGAUCCAAGGCACGCACAGAUCACAGUCGAGCAGAUGGGUCUCCGGAAGGACUCCAAAGGAGUGGUGACUCCUGGUGUUUCUACCGCAGUGCCGGACCCAAAGGACGAUCCAGUUCUCGAUAGAAGUGCAGCCACCCUCUUCCGUGCAGUGACCAUGAGGACAGCGUACCAAUCAAUAGAUCGACCAGAGUUGCUAUAUCCAGCCAAGGAGGCAGCAAGGGCGAUGCAGAACCCGACGAGAAGCGCGCUGGAGAAGAUCAAAAGGAUCGCUCGCUAUCUCGUGUCGGCGCCGCGGGUCGUGCAGGUGUUUCACCGUCAGCCGGAGCAAAGCAAGCUGAUUCAGUACACUGACACGGACCAUGCCGGGUGUAAGGUCACUCGCAGGUCAACUUCUGCAGGGACAACAAUGCACGGCAGCCACAUGUUGGCAGCGUAUUCUACGACGCAGAAGCCGAUAGCCACUUCUUCUGGAGAGUCGGAGUACUACGGCAUGUUCAAGGCCGGGUCGCGCCUUGUGGGAAUGGCCCUCAUGGCCAAGGACUACGGCUUGACAUACAAGGCCGAGCUCCGGGCAGAUGCUUCUGCAGGCAUCGGCAUAGCAUCGAGGCGUGGCAUUGGCAAGAUACGCCACCUGCACACGCAGGCACUGUGGCUACAGCAAGCAGUGGCCGAUAAGCGCCUGAGCGUUGUGAAGACCAAGGGAGAGAGCAAUCCAGCCAAUCUUCCCACGAAGCACGUCGACGGGAAGACGAUGUGGCAGCAUCUGGCAGACCUCGGUUUCGAGCUCCGGAGUGGCCAGAGCAAGCUCGCCAUUGAAGUGGCGAGGGAUGCGUAA